AUGGCCCGAGCCGACAGUCCCAGCCGUCAACAACGCCCAUCACGUCGGGACCGUGACCGAGAGAGGGACAGGUCAAGAGACGGAGGAGGAGGAGGAGGAGGAGGAGGAGGAGGAGGAGGAGGAGGGAAACGAGACAAAUAUGACUCGCCACCUGACUACGAAUCCGACAGAGACACCCACAAGUCCAGGCGGAAACCAGACCGGGAUGAGCUUGACGUGAAUCCCCGCAGCCGUGAUCAAAGGCCAACCUUGAGAGGGCGGCGACCCUCCGCGUAUCACGACGGCUACCACACAGAAGGGUAUUCCGGCAGCGACCCUGAUGACGACCGAUCCCAUUACCCCCCGCGCUCAUCAGGCAAUGGCCAUCGCAGCAGCGACAACAAGAGCAACAACAGGAGGCGCGCCCACAGCGAGACGCGAAAGGCGCCAGAGAGGUCGAGAGAACGCCGCCGACGCAGCCGCAGUCGAGGAGGAGGAGGAGGAGGAGGAGGAGGCGGCCAUCGUGCCCCGACCGAGGAGGACACGAAGCAGAAGCGCAACCAGGCCAUCAAGGCGGCGCUCACGGCGGGCGCUGUGGAGGCGUUCCGGCAGCGCAACCGGCGCGGGGAGUGGGUCGGGCAGAAGGGCAUGCGGGUGGCCACGGCGGCGCUGUCGGCAGGGCUGAUCGAUGCCGGGCUGGAGAAGAAGGAGGGUGGGCAGGGCGGUGGGGGGUCGGUGGGUAGGCUGAUGCAGUCUACGCUUGGGGGAAUACUGGUUGAUAAGUUUGCGCAUGGGGGGCGGAGGUGA